UCAAGGUUUUGUUAUAAGAUAACUAGUGGACGUCUAAACUUUGCAUGGCCACCGUACCUCCGCAGCCCGUAAAAUCCGCCACUCCACCACCCAUCUCCACCGUACCUCCGCCCUAUAUAAACACCCUCCUCCCACCCUCCAGAACAUCAACCAUUUCCGACAAGUACAUUCAAUUCAAUUCUUUCUUCUCUGCAAUAAAAAAGUGAGAAAGAUUUGAUUCAUCUGAUCUAACUCUCACUGCAAAAAAAAAAAAAAAAAAAAGAAAGACAAAAAACAAUUUAAAAAAAAAAAGAAAAUGGCCAGACAAAUCAUCAUCGUCGCCCUCAUCUUCUUUGCCGUUGUCGGAAUGGCCUCUGCCGCCGCCUCCCCUCCUUCCACCACCCCUUCAACCGACGUGGUGGUUGAGGCACCCACCGGUAACGGUGACGACGGCAGCGUGAUCGGCACCAUCAGCGGUGGCGGCGCCACUGACGCCGCCCCCGUCGGAGGACCUGUUCCCGAUGGUGUUUUCCCAGAUCUCACACCUGCACCCGCCCCUAUGAGCGGCGCAGCUGCACUUCCAAUCUCCACAGUCGCCGGAGCAGUCGCUGCCGCCAGCUUCGUUGGUGCAUUCUUUUUCUGAAUCAAUUAGUACACACUACCAAUGCAAUAAGGAGAAAUGGAAAGUUCGUUUGCUAAUAAUGAAGGGAUCUUCUUCUAUUUCCAUUUCUUUUAGUUUAUAUAAAAAAAAAAAAAAAUGUAUUUUUUUUUUUUAUUGUUGAAUAUCUUAUAAUUUCAUUAAUGUAAUUCACAGUUUUGUGGGUUGCAGUCUUUGAAUAAAUAAAAUUCCAUUUCACCUUAUUUUAUCUUCAUUAGUUUUGCUAUUUAUCAUGCUCUCCAGGCUUAUUUAAUUU